AAAGUCAUAAGAACUCAUUGCGAUUCCGUAUUACAAUAUUGCGCCGAAUCACGCUWUAACGCUAAUUUUUUAAGAUUGCAAUCCAGUCAUAAAAUCGUUUUCUAUCUGUGAAAUUUGUUUUAUUUUCGUGUUAACCAAACGACGAAAUGGCCAGACGUGGACGUUCCCCACAACCUGCAUCCAGAAGGUCAGCGGUCCCUGCUAGGACACAACAGCGUGCACCAGUGGCACAAGCUCCUCAACCAACACAAGUAGCACAAGCUCAACCACAACAACCUGGAUUAUUUGCCCAAAUGGCUGCUACUGCUGGAGGUGUUGCUGUUGGUUCUGCCAUUGGCCACACUGUUGGUCAUGCAGUCACAGGAAUGUUUGGAGGUGGUGGCUCCCGCGAUGAGGUACAACCUCAAGUUCAACAAGCUCCAUUAAUGCCAAUGGAGCAGAGUAGCCAACAAGGUGGAGCGUGUGCUUUUGAAAUCAAACAGUUUUUGCAAUGUGCACAAAACAAUGAUGAUAUUUCUUUGUGUUCUGGAUUUAAUGAGGCUAUUCGUCAAUGCAAGGAAGCUAACCGUUUAAUGUAAUUGUGAUAACUGAUUAAUAAAAAUUAAGAAGGUAGUUCCAAAAUUAUUAUAAACAAUGUAUCCUUGAUAUUAAAAUAUAGAACCUGUACCUUACAAGUUGUCUUUUACAUUAGUUAUUAUACAAAAUUCUUAGAUAAA